AGAGGAAUUAAAAACAAAAAAAAGGAAAAAAAAAAACAGAAAAAGAAAAACUCUUCUUUGCUCCUUUAUCCUCUCGUUUCUCCCACCGUAUUCUUAGUGGUAGGCGGAGCAGAGAGACCAGAGAGAAACCAGGGUCCUCUCGGAGACAGCGAUGGUGGAGCCCCUCGAAGAGCCGCCGGAGGGUUGCCUCGCCGCCGACGACCUACUUCUCCUUGACUUCCCCUCCGACCUCGAACUGAAUCCUCCACCCCACCGCCGGAACCGUAACCCCCCGCUCCCCGCCGCCGCCGGAGGGCUUCAGGACCAGUCCCUCCUUGAUAUCCUCGACUCCACGGUCAUCCCUGCCGUCGACGGCCUUGCGGGCCUGGCGGCGGAGGGAGGAGGAGAUGGCGAAGAUGAGGAGGAUCUGGAGUGGCUGUCGAACAAGGACGCGUUUCCGGCGCUGGAGACUUCCUUCGAAAUCCCCACCCAUUCACGGAGCAGCAGCGGCGGCGGGACCGGGAGCAGCAACAGCGCCGCCGCCACGGCGGCGGAGGGGGCGAGGCCGAGCCCGGUGUCGGUCCUGGCCGUGGCGGCGCGGUCCAGGGUGCCGGUGCGGCCGAGGAGCAAGGGGAGGCGGCUGCGGCGGAGGGUACUGGCCGCGCUGUCCCCGUCGGUGGCUGCGAGGGAGUUGAAGGAGCGGCGGCGCUGCCGGCACUGCGACGCGGAGGAGACGCCGCAGUGGAGGGCCGGACCGGAGGGACCGAAGACGCUGUGCAACGCGUGCGGGGUACGGUACAAGUCCGGGCGGUUGGUGCCGGAGUACCGGCCGGCGGCGAGUCCCACCUUCUCCGCCGCCAUACACUCCAACUCCCACCGCCGCAUCAUGGAGAUGCGCCGCCGCAACUCCGUCCGCAGCCGGCGGACCGGCCGCCCUCCGGCGACGGCGCUUGUUUCUGGGUCGUCGUUGUAAAACCACUCACCCUCAGAACCCUUAGGAAAUGGUCUCUGUUUUUUUUCCUUAUCUUUCUUUUCAGAAAAUCUCCUUUUUCUCCUUUAUUAGUCAGAAAUUUUUGUCAAAUUUUAGGGAGGAGAAUGGUUGGCUUCAAUGAUGUUUAUUUGUUCAU